GAUCCGAUUGAGACGCUAUUCAGCUUCAUCUGUUCGCAGAACAACAAUGUGUCGCGCAUAUGCCUGCUUACCGAUCGGCUAAGAGCGCGAUUCGGAGAGGUGGUAUGCCGUUUGCAGCCACCUCCAGGAUCGUCUGCGCACCAAGACUGCGCUCUCCAGCAUGUGCGCGAGUUUUCUGCCCGGAGAACGCUCCAUGCAUGGCCGAGGAGCAGCGUGCUCGCCAAGGCUACAGAGCGAUCUCUCAAGGAUCUCGGUCUCGGAUACCGAGCGGCCUACAUAAGCCAAGCGGCCAAGCGGCUGAUGCAAGAGGAUGGUCGCCUUCUGCGCUGGCUCUCCGGUAUGAGGACCAACCCGCCCAAAGCCGUGGAGAAUGCCACCUUGCCCGAGGAGACCGAGACAGAACGAGAGCACCGGCUCGCUAUCAGGCGUGAACUCUGCAGCCUUCCUGGAAUCGGCGCCAAGGUCGCGGACUGUGUGGCUCUGUUUGGCCUUGGCGUACAUGGAGCCGUUCCUGUGGAUGUCCACGUGUGGCGCAUCACUGUUAGGGACUACGAACCAUCACUCCGAGAGGCCAAAUCGCUAACACCCACGGUCUAUGAGGAGGUUGGUGAUGCCUUCCGUCGUCGCUUCGGCGCGCCCUUUGCGGGCUGGGCACACUCAGUGCUUUUCGGCGCGGAGCUAGCGGCGGAAAGGCUCCCGAAAGAUCUACGCGAGGACCGACUUGACAGCAAGCACUCCAUGAGGGCUCCAAG